AGGAAGUACACAGAUAUGACCCAAGGGCUCCCAGGGCCUGGGAGGAGCCAGACUGGGCCUUAUAAAAGGACCGGUCUUUGCCCAGAUGCACAGCACACUUGCCUUCUCCUCAGUGACACCUCAUCCAUCAGCUCUGCUUCCUUGAAAACCAAGAUGAGCAGCAACACUCCAGUUGAGAAGUCUGUGAUGGACUUGAUCGACCUGUUCCACAAAUACACCAAACCUGAUGACAAGAUUGACAAGCCGGGCGUGCUGAAGAUGCUGAAGGAGAAUUUCCCCAACUUCCUCACGGCCUGUGAUAAAAGGGGCAAAGAUUUCUUGGCCCACAUCUUUGAGGACCACGACAAGAACAAGGAUAAGAAGAUCGAUUUUUCCGAGUUCCUGUCGGUGUUGGGAGUCAUAGCCACGGACUACCACAAUCAUAGCCACGGAGCCCCUCUUUGUUCUGGGGAUGAUCAGUGAGCCCCACCCAGCCUGAGGCCUCCAGAAACCCCAAGAAACAAUAAAGUGUCUCUUGCUCAGA